GAAUUUUUCGAUUCGGAGCAUUGUUGUUGUAAAAGAACACCAGUAAAAGAUUGGUUAAACUCAGGCGCUGAUUACUCCAAGGCCAAGAUUGAAGUCCGUCAGUCUCAAAUGAGAGAAGUCGCCUAAGGAAAUUACAUAUAUUUUGUGGCAGCCGUGGAAUUUUUCGAGGACUGUUUAGGUCGUGAUGUGUGUUAGACCAGUACUCGGAAGAAAGCCUGUGUAAAGAAUGUGUAUAGUAGGUCUGGUAGUCCGCCCAGCUCUACGACUCUUUAAUUACUGCGUAGACAAAAGAAGAUAUGGCUUCUGAUCCAGUUAGAGAACGUUUGAAACAGCUCGACCAGCUUUUUACCUACGGUAGUAGUGAAAAUGGCUCCUACAGUCUUGAAACUUUGCUUGAUGUAUUGCUAUUGCUGUACGAUGAGUGUUGCAACUCUACCCUCCGUCGAGAUAAAAAUAUAUCCGAAUUCAUUGAAUAUGUCAAGCCCGUGGCUACAAAAACCAAGCAACUGCGACUGCACCGAGAAGACUUUGAGCCCCUUAGUUUGAUAGGGAAAGGGGCAUUUGGCGAGGUAACUGUGGUAAGACUCAAAUCUACUGACAGAAUUUACGCUAUGAAAACCCUUAACAAAUGGGAAAUGCUCAAGAGAGCCGAGACGGCAUGCUUCAGAGAAGAAAGAGACGUCUUGGUAUAUGGUGAUAGACGAUGGAUAACUACUUUACAUUAUUCUUUCCAAGAUGAUGAUUAUCUGUACUUUGUGAUGGACUACUAUAGUGGAGGUGACCUACUCACCUUACUCAGUAAAUAUGAAGACCACCUUCCAGAGGAGUUAUCUAAGUUCUAUGUUGCUGAAGUAGUACUUGCAGUAUCUGCUAUACAUAAAAUGGAAUAUGUCCAUAGAGAUGUCAAGCCUGACAAUGUACUUCUAGAUAUUAGUGGACACAUCAGAUUAGCAGACUUUGGCUCAUGUCAAAAGCUUGCAAAAGAUGGGACUGUUUGUUCAUCAGUAGCUGUUGGUACACCAGAUUACAUAUCUCCUGAAAUCCUUCAGGCCAUGGAGGAUGGAAAGGGCAAGUAUGGUGUAGAGUGUGACUGGUGGUCACUUGGUGUCUGCAUGUAUGAAAUGCUCUUUGGAGAAACACCUUUCUAUGCAGAAUCUCUAUUGGAGACAUACAGCAAGAUCAUGGCACACACAGGAAAGUUCAACUAUCCCUCUGAUAUUGAAGUGUCUAAUAAUGCUAAGGACUUAAUGCAAAGGUUAUGUUGCAAAGCAUCCCAGAGAUUUGGCCAAAAUGGUCUAGAGGAUUUCAAAAAUCACUCCUUCUUUGAAGGCAUUGAUUGGGACAAUAUUCAUUAUAUGACUCCGCCAUACAUCCCAGAAGUCAACAGUCCAGAUGAUACAUCAAAUUUUGAUGUUGACAUUGAAGAAUCCAGAGCAAAUGAGGCCAACAGACCUUCAUCCAUGUCUCCAUUUACUGGUCAUCAUCUCCCUUUCAUUGGUUUCACUUACACUGAAGGAAGCACUAUGUCUGAUAGAGCAAAAGAUCUAAUAAACAAGAAUAAUAAAGAAAAGGGUGGUGGUGAUGUUACUCUACGCCCAGUACCUGGCAAUGCACCAAGUUCCCUCUCAGUUGAAGCAUAUGAAAGAAGAAUCCAAAGAAUGGAAAGAGAGAAAAGUGAUCUUGCUAGAAAACUUCAAGAAUCUACCAAGCUUGUCCAUGAGCAGUCUGCUGUAAUAAGUAAUGAAUCAGGAAAAGACCAAGUUGAUGCAUUAGAAGUGAGAAGACUGAAGGAAGAAACUGCUGCUCUCAAAAAGAAGAUCUUAGAUGAUGAGGCCCAAACCAUGGAGCUUGAAAAGGAAUUGAAUGAAGCCAUAAACACAAGAAAAGAUCUGGAAUCCAAACAGGAAGACAUAAACUCCAAGGUCAGAUCACUGGAGAGAGAGAAUAGAGGAAUCAAGAUAGAGAAAGAAGAUCUGGAAAGAGUAUUGCAAGAAGCUAAUGAAAAAAUCGCCUCACAGCAAAAAGAACUUAAAGAAGCCCAGAAUCAAAGAAAACUGGCCAUGGCUGAGUUCAGUGAGUUGAACGAUAAACUAGCAGACAUGAGGUCUCAGAAGACCAAACUAUCAAGAACUGUCAGAGAAAAAGAAGAAGAGUUGGAGAGUUCUCUUCAGAAGCUUGACAGCCUGCGUCUGGAAGUGAGGAAUGCUGAUCGCAAGAGAAGAGAGCUAAAUACCCAAGUGGAAGAGCUGACUUCUGAUGCAAACAGAGAAAAGAAACUAAGACUAAGAAGUGAUCAGUAUUCCAAACAGCUUGAAGAAGAGAUUGAAUAUCUUAAGGCCAAGCAAAGGAGCCUCGGACGACCUUUCCCAUCUGACACAACAGCUGAAGAACAACAACAAGAGAUUUCCAAACUCAAAGCUGAUAUUGAUCGGCUAAAGCUGGAAAGUGAAGAGACCAUUCAACAGAUCAAAUUUAAACAUUCAUCUGAAGUCAAGGAGUUAAAUGAAAAACUAAUGGAUUCUGAAACAAGCCGACAGGCUCUUCAGAAUGAGGUUGCUUCUUUGAGUUCUAAAAUCAAUGAAACCAGACUGGACAGUCAAAGAGAGCAGCACGAAAUGACUUUAGAGAUGAACAGAAAGAAUGAACGGGAAAGAAAACUUUUGAAAGAAGAAAACAAGAAACUUCAAGCUGAAGUGGACAAGUUGUCACAAGCCCUAGAGAAAGGCUCUGCCUCACAGCGUCGACUUGAAGAGGAGCUGAGGGAAAGCAGUGAAAAGAAAGAUGCUGUAGCACACUGGGAGGCUCAGAUUGCUGAGAUAAUCCAGUGGGUGAGUGAUGAGAAGGAAGCCAGAGGUUACCUUCAGGCUUUGGCUAGCAAAAUGACUGAGGAGUUAGAGGGACUCAAAGCAUCUGGGUAUUCUAGCCUUCCAAGAGGAGAGAAAAACCAGUGGCAAUUGAGAAGAUCACAGAAAGUAGACAAGCAAGAGAUUCUUACUCUACAGUCCAACCUGCAGGCUGAGAUCCAGGCAAAGCAACAACUGUCAGAGGAACUAAACAAGAGUAAAGCUAUCCUGAUCACUACUGAAAAGAAACUAGCUGAAUCUGAAGCAAAUUAUAACCUCUUGAAAGAGGAAAUACAAAAACUGAAAAAAGAGAAUGAACAGCUGAGACAAGCUGAACCACACAAGGCAGGAGAUCUUCCAUUCUUGUCUUACUUGAAAGAACAACCUUCUCCUUCAAGACUUGAGAAUGUUUCAGAGGAAAGCGAAAAUGAUGCAUUUGCCCAUCAGCGGCAAGGUUCUCAACGAUCUGUUUCUAGUUAUGCUUCUGAUAAUUAUUCUAUGAGAACCACUUCCGUGUCAUCAGUAUCAUCACUUGCUUCUCAACCACGUUCUCACAAGUUUUCAGUGCGAACGUUUACAACGCCAACUAAGUGUAAUCAGUGUACAUCUCUAAUGAUAGGUGUGGUUAGACAAGGAUCGGUCUGUGAAGUCUGUGGAUUCUCAUGCCACUUAACGUGCACGGAGCAGGUUCCUCCUGUCUGUCCUUGUCCUCCAAGUCAAGCUAAUCGCAGACCAUUUGGUAUUGAUCCAGAAAAGGGCAUCGGCACGGCGUACGAAGGUUUUGUUAGGAUUCCCAAGCCUGGUGGAAUCAAGAAAGGCUGGAUGCGACAGUUUGCAGUAGUGUGUGAUUUCAAAAUUUUCCUGUUCGACGUGACGGGCGAUAAACCACCACAUAUUUCUCAGUCCGCUACACAAGUCAUAGAUAUGAGGGAUGAAGAGUUCUCAGCUAGCGGUGUUCUACAAGCUGAUGUCAUACACGCCAACAGAAAAGAGAUCCCUUGUAUAUUCAGGGUGACCGCUUCACAGAUGACACCCCCUGGUGAACCAUUGACACAGCUGUUCCUCACUGAAAAAGAGAAAGAUCGAAUCAAAUGGGUUACUGCCCUGCAAGAACUCCACAAGAUCCUUAAAAAGAACUUUGAUACCUCAAGGACGCAAAUAUUUCAAGCCAAAGAAGUUUGCGAUCCCGGCCUUAUUCAUCUUAAGCAAACCUUGAGUGCAACGAUCAUCGAUACUGAUCGCGUGGUUCUAGGUACUGAAGAUGGAUUGUUCUCCCUUGAGCUAAUGAAAGGAAGUAUUAGUCGCAUUGGUGACAACAAGAAAGCCUACCAAGUCGAAAUGUUACCAGCAGAUCAGUUAAUCGUAUUGAUAUCUGGUAAAAACCGUCACAUCAGACUGUAUCCAUCGUCUACACUUGACGGGCAUGAUACAGAACCAGUAAAGAUCGCUGAAACCAAAGGUUGCUCGAUGUUUGCUACAGGAGGAAUUCAUUCUCAUUCUUCCACCUGUCUGUGCGUAGCUAUCAAGAGACAUAUCGUUGUUUAUGAACUUAAUAGAACCAAAUUCAGGCAUCUUAAAAUCAAGGACAUCCAUCUGAACUUUAACUUACAAUGGAUGGGUGUGUCAUUUGGGAAACUAAUAGUGGGAUACGUGUCUGGCUUCACUAUAUACGCCUUGGAAGGGGAUGCACAGCCACAGAAACUUGUCAAUGCAGAUGACCCAACCUUGAAUUUCAUUACAAAUAACCCGGUAGAUGCGAUGCUAGCGGUGGAGAUCGAGCCUUCUAAGGAGUACCUACUAUGCUUCAAUCUAUUGGGUAUCUUUGUGGAUUCUAGUGGGUAUAGAUCAAGGCGAUACGAGCUGAUGUGGCCUUCACCACCUAACUCAGUCGCGUACUCCCAUCCGUACGUGAUUUCGUUCAGUGAGAGGGCUAUUGAUAUAUUUGAUUCUAAUAGUGCAGAAUGGCUACAGACGAUCCCCUUGAGGAAGUGCCAUUCUUUAAUAAACGAAGGGUCUCUCAGCUUAUGUACAGCAUCUGAACAACCUAACCUUGUAUACUUGAAGAAUAAGUUAGAUGAUGAAGAUGAGUUAAUUAUUCCUGAUCCAACCAAAGGAAAAAAGGCAUUAGCGGCGGUAUUGAGAUUGAAAAACAAACCACGGACGUCAAUUCGGUUUUCAUGGAAGCCAAAGGAAACAGGUUUACAAGAUCUGGAUUCAGACACCAGAUCGAAACUUAUCUCAGGGCCCUCUAAUUUCAACCAUAUCUCGCACAUGGGACCAGGUGAUGGCCUACAAAUCUUGCGAGAUCUACCUGUGGGCGUUCAACGAGACGACGACAGCGGAGCAGCUAUGCCACGCCAAGGUCCAGUAGGGCCUCGCUCCAAACGUGCUGUCACAGCUAACCCAGCUAUGAUGAAUCGUCCUCACUUACUAGGCGGUAGGGGACGUCAGCAGAGACCUUCCAGCCAAGCAGCGUCUAUGAUCAAUGGCCGGGCUGUUUCUGUCACUGGCGUAGAUAGCUCCUCAGACUCACCCCCGAGUGCGCGCCCACGGUCGUCUUCCAGUAGGUCAGCAGACGAUCUCAAUGAAGGCAAGAAAAAUAUCAACGGACCAAACAGACUAUCGGCCGAUCUGGACUCCUAUCAACAGCAAACACUUCGUGAUAGCGCACCCAAAAACGCCUAUGACGAACAGAGACAGCUGGAUUUGGCACUAGAGCUUAGUAAACGCCAGGUUGCCGCCAGGCUGCCUACUACGUCCUCUAGGGAUUCACUUAAUUUACCCGAGUCACCAAGACACUCUACUGGUUCUAGCUCAGGGCUAAGUGCUUCUCCAACCCCAAGCCAAGAAGAUAAUGUGGCGUCACCAGACUGAUUUUUGCUGGGUUAUACAACGUGACAUUGUGGAUUAGAAGAUGGUAUCCAGUGAGUUUAACACCGUUACCUCCGCCACUAUCUGGGUAGUGUCGUGACCAUUACGUAUAAAUGGAGUAUACAGUUUGGAAGUUUUACUACAUUAAUUUUCUUGGCAUUAAUCGAAGAAAAACAUUAAUUUUUAAGAUUAUUCUUCACGUUUCUCAACUUGCCAAAACUAAACCUACCCAUAGUGUUUUAGUUUUGCCUCUCGUCUUGAGAAAGAAUUUGUUUUCAAAUUGCAGAGGAAGCCUAAUGGCGAACGCUUCUCGCAUAGUACUCUGGGGAAUUUUUGACUGAAAUGGGUAAUUUGUCCUAAAAUUCAAGCAGGAGGAAGUUUUUAUCAAGCUUUCAAAAAUUGGGUAUUUUAUCUCCAUGGAGAUUGCCACGUGAUGUCACGAGGAGUAAAGUAACCCACAUUCUGUUAGCAUAUCGCGCCGGUGAAAUUAUUUUUUUAAUGCUGAAAAUCUCAAUAAAUUGAUAAUAAUUAAUAGCAAGCUUAGUUUUUAAAUUAAUGAUUAAUUAAUUUGUCCAAUUUGGGCGCAAGUGCUGCUUGGCAAGUGGACAACGUUUGAUAAGGGGAGGUUUUUGUUUUACAUAAGUAUUAACACAGAGCGUACUAAACCAAGACAUGGGUGACGUUGUAUAGCGCCGUCAGUUGGUGUACGGUUAAGUAGCUAUUGAUGGUUUUCAACCAUUCCCAAGAAAAUUAAAUAACAAAAGACACUGCGGCCAUGUUGAAGGAUAUAACAAAAGAAUUCAUUGACAAAUCUUUUGUUAAGUUCCUCCAACAUGGCCGCCAUAAAAACCAUCAAUUGCUGCAUGGUGCAUUUUCUAGUUGGGGUUUGUCGAAGUUGAAGGGAUAUUCUCAACAUGUAACCUUCAAAACCAGAAACUAAUACGCAAUUCUAAUACAUUACUUAUUUGUGCGCGGAAUGGAAGGGAGUUUGAGCGUGAGUUGGUGAGUCACCGUUGCACAUUGUGAACAUUUUUACGACCCUUUGUCACAAAUACAAGUCGAAUCAAGUUUAGUAAUAUGAAAAUUGCGCAGUGUAUGCGUACUAGAUACGAAUGGGUAAAGUCUUGGGCCUCCUCCCAUGGACAUAGCAUGAAAUAAUAAGUGUUUAUGAUAGAGUGAUUUUACCUGGCCCGUGAAACAAAGUUUUAUAGUUAGUGACUAACAACUAACAAACAUAGGAAAACACAGGAAAACAAUGGGAUUUGGGCCAUUACUAUGCAUUACGUCGAGUAAUCUUUCGCAGGCGAAGGAAAAUCACUCUAAUAAAGCCUGGUUUCCAUAUGAUCGCUCACGAUCGCCGGAUCGCUGAAAAUGAUGCCAGCGAUCGUGAACGAUUAUAUGGAAACCAGGCUUAAGAAUAUUGGUAAUACCAACUGCCGUUCACAAUGGAUAACAGCUCUGCUAAGAUAAAUAUAUAUAUGUCUCAGUUGUUAAAUAUCUUAUAAUUAUUUUAAAUUUUUGGUCGCGUUAUUCAAUGAAAACUAAUAGUCUUGUUUGUGUUUUUAUUAUUUGUCAUGUAGUGUUUUAGUAAGUGUAUUUUUUAGUUAAUAUAAAAGUAUUCAAUGAAUCAAGUUAUAGCUAAGGAAAGGGAGGUUAGGGUACUUAAAUUCCUUCCCUCUCACCCCUCCCCUCUUUCUUCAUACCUUGGAUAUUCUGUACUUGUAGUAAGACAAUUCAACAUUUUAAAUCAUUAAUGUAUAUUUCUUAUAUUACCCAUAAUAUUUCGUAUUUGACUGUAACUAUGGCGACGACCAAUAUCGUUUGUACAAAGAAGUAGUUAGGUAACGAUGGUCAGCGGCUGUUAUUCAAAAUACAAUUCAUUAAAUUCUAGAAGCUGUC